AUGAGACUCGUGUUUGCCGCAGUGCUGUCUUCCGCGGUCGCCGCCAUCGCCUCCAGCGCCGCAACUUGGGGCGAUGUUCACACCUAUCCUCGCCAUGCCGGCCAACGCAGCCGAGUACGAAGCGAUGUCCUUAAAUACUUCAACUCUCUAGCAAAGCGUCAAACCUCGGAAGAUGUUCUCCAACCACCUCCAUCUCAAGGAGGAUCCGCGGCAGAUUUCGACAUGGACAAGUGGAAUCAAGAGACGAAGCCGGUAUGCACCAACGCCGUUGGUGCACUGGAUGGUCAAGCAUCAAAUUCUGCCGGGAUGGCCGUAUGUUACAAUGUGCCAUUCUUGGAUCAAGCCACCGGUGUCUUUCAGGCCGAGCUCCGAAUAUUCAACGUUAGCGUACCAGUCAACGAGUGGGUUGGUGUCUCGGCCGCAGACAUCAGUGUUGCGUUGCGAUAUUUAGGUGCAACAGUGCAGAGUACGAUGGGAAUGAGGCAGAUCAAGGGAAAGAGACAAGCGGAGAGAGAGGAUGUCAUCUUUCUGGAUGCUCUUGGCAAUGCUGUGAAUCUUCGGUCAAGACAAGUGACAUCUGAUGGAGGGUCUGUUGGGUCGGAAUUGAAGGUUCUGACAUAUGUUGGUAUGAUCAACCGCAAUUUGAUGGGCCCAGCGAUGACAUUACCUGAACUCCAGCCUUUGCUCGUUCCAGAGAUCACUCUAAUGGCGACCAACCCCGUCACCCAGGCUGUAGUUAAUACCACACUAUCCAGUACCGAAGCGGGGUUUGUGUCCGGCGUCUUCGCAAACCAGGGCGCGAGCACGAUCGAUCCCGCUGCCCAAGCUUCAGCAUCGGCGCUGGCUGCGACCGCGACGCCUUUUAUCUUGCCAGGCGUGACUCUGGGCAUCUUCCCUACUGGUCUCAUCAUCACACUUGUAUGGACCGCCGCUUUUCUUGCGGCCGUUGGGUUCGGAACUAUUAAGCGUGUACAGUUCAGGGACCAGUAUCGGCGGCGGAUGAAGAGGGAGCUUGGUGCCACCGUGAAGCGGAUAUAG